GGUGUAGUGAGUGUAACAAACAGUACUGGAUCAUAUGCAACUUCCGCAGUUCGCGGCAGCCGAAGAAAAGCAGUGGCAAAGGCGGGAACACGACCACAGUUGACCAACUACUUGGAUUGGAUCCUGUUUCUGAGGUAGCAAUAGCAUAACCAGGAGAUGGAAUCUGUGAAUGAAGGAUCACAAACUGUCCAAAUAGAGAUAUUAGUAUCUUCAUUUGGUAAAAAAUUUGAUAAGUUGUCCGAAGAUCCUUCAUUUUCCUAUGCAGCAUCUAUCUAUGAAGUUCCUCAGAAACUGCGGAAAGCAAAUGAGGGAGCCUAUACUCCUCGAUUGGUGUCAAUUGGUCCAUUACAUCAUGGUCGAUGGCAACUUCAAGACAUGGAGCCAUUCAAACUGAGAUUCAUGCAUAAUUUCUUGACUAGAUCUAAGGUUGACCUACAUACCAUAGCCGAAUUUGCAGCAAAGGAGGAAAGUUUCGUCCGUGGGUGUUAUGAGGGUACAAUUACUCUUUCUCCUAAUCGACUUGCUGAAGUGAUUAUGUUGGAUGGAAUAUUCAUUGUUGCACUUUUGCUGGAUGUCUAUUUCAUUCAGUUGAGGGAUGAGAACGAGACGAUAUUUGACACUCACUGGGUCAUGCAGGACUUGAUGCAUGAUAUGUUGUUGCUAGAGAAUCAGAUGCCUAUAAGAAUAAUGGAGGGCCUUUUGAGUUUUGUGGAUCUUUCAUCCUUAAAUGAAAGUGAAAUGGUCAUGGUCACCAUCUAUGAUCUUGCUCAGAAAUUCUUCAAGAUCAUUGGUUUUACAAGCAAGGUACCAUUGGCAGCACAUCAUAGUAAGGCUAGACAUUUUGUUGAGUUCCUUCUGUUUCUCCAUGAUCCACCAGAGGGAUAUGUGAGUUCUUUUGAUAAGCGACCGAGAAGGCAAGUAGAGAGCACUGACUUCUGUCAAAAUGCGACAGAGCUUGUCAAAGCUGGAGUUGUUCUUCGUAGCAGUGAAUCAAAUUGGUUACAUGAAAUUUCUUUUAGUUAUGAGGAUGGUGUGUUGACCAUCCCCGAAUUGACAAUAGAUGCAUUGACUGAGCCAUUCUUCAAGAAUCUAAUAGCCUUUGAACACUUGGGCCGUUACGGGUACUUUUCCAAGAAAUUUACAAGUUAUGUGAUGCUCCUGGAGACGUUAAUACGCACUCCGGGUGAUGUUGAUAUACUUGUUGAGGUUGGCAUCAUCGAGAAUAGAUUUGGUUCAAGUAGACAAGUUGCAGCCCUUUUUAAUAAUCUGACUCGAGGAAUACUGACUGAAGGAGUAUAUGAUUUCUAUUUUUAUGGCCUAUUUAUGGAGUUGAAGUAUUACAGGAGGAGUUUGUUGAACCCCGGGAAAGGCAGUUUGUAUAGAUGGAGAAUUAUACUGAGAGUCAUGAGUUACAAAUGGAACGAAUGGAAAUGGAUUCUGGGACGCGAUUAUUUCAGCAAUCCUUGGUCCACCUUAUCUAUUGUUGCUGGAUUUUUGUUGCUCGUUCUUACAUUAAUACAAGCAGUCUGUUCAAUUCUCCAGGUUGCAUGAUUUCGUCAACUUCCCCGCCCUGUUGCAAUCUUCUUCUACCAUGGCCAAUGAUCGAACCGAAGAAUGCAGUCCAUCGCCACCGCUGCUGCCUCAAAAGCCACAUUCAAACCUUUUGGGAAACUUUUUUUCAAAAAUUAUAAUCGUUAGAUGUUUAUCAUUCAGCUGCAACUUGUUAAAUACUUUCGCACAUCUCUCUGUUUUGGAUUUUAUGGUCUAGUGUUGUUGUUUAUUGAAUGAUAAUUAUGAUUUGUAUAUUGUUUGAUUUUAAGGUUGAAUUUGUUUAUUGUUGAUAUGUUUGCAUAU